AUGGCGGCGCCCUCCGCGCGACUUCAGUCGAUGUCCAUCAACGUUGGAGCCGAGGUUGGAGCCGAUGAUGCGUCGUCCGUGGACGCGGUGACGCGCACCGGUACCUGCCUCUGCGGCGCCGUCUCCGUCGUGCUCACCGGUAAACCAACCGCGGUGUCCAUAUGCCACUGCGUGAUAUGCCGCAAGCUCUCCGGCGCGCCGUUCUCGGCGCAGGCGUUGGUGAAGGCUACCCAGGUAUCAGUGGUGGCAAACGACAUCGAAGGCGGCGGCGACGCGGCUUCCUCGGGGGAGUUCUCGAGCGUUACGCCGAGUCUCACGUCGUACGCCUCAUCACCCGCCGUCGAGCGUCACAGGUGCGCGUCGUGUCAGUCGCCGGUGUACGCCACGCUGGCCAAGGGGAAGAUGGCCGCGGUGCCGCUCGCGAUGCUCGACGCCGUUAGGGACGACGCCGCGAUGGCGCCGACCCAUCACAUGUACUACGCGGAUAGGAUCAUGGACGUGCCCGACCACCUGCCAAAGUACGUCAAGAGCGCGGGAAGACAGGCGGAGCUGUGGAAAGGGGACUGA